AUGAAAUUGCCCGACAAUAACACGAAGGCUGACAAAUUGUAUCCUCAUACGGUUGAUAUGUACACAGGGACUGCUGAUGUCUGGACAAAGUGUUUUGAAUCCACACCAAGUGGCUACAAUAGCUACAACUGUGAAAAAUGUGGUCUGUACUCGACUCCUCAAAGCACAGUGUGGCUGAAUUUAAAAUUGAUCUGGGAGCAUGGCUUUAAUCAUUUACAAGAUGCCAUACCAUCCGAUUGGAAAUCAACCCAAUGCAUAAAGUGUCACUCUCAGUGCACCCUCAAACAGAAAUAUACAAAUCAUCUCUUCAUCGAAGCAGACGCUCGACCGGGACCAAGUGACAAGCCAGCGAAACACAUGUUAAGCGACUUCCCGAGAACAAUCACACUCAAUUGUUCUAUAUACAGGUUGCGAGGAGUAAUUGGCCAUCAACCAGGCAGUGCGAAAAAUUCGCAUUUUAUAGCAUACUGUUAAAGGUCUCGUUGGAG